GUAUUUGUCUGAUUCUUACUGCUAAAGCUCAAGGCAUAAUGACCAUCAGAGAUCAAAACAAUAAUUCAGCAAAAAAGUCUCUCUCUCAGAUAGAAGUGCAAAGUACGCGAAUGGACUGCAAGGUCGCGUCUCAUUUUGUUCACACAGUCAUGACCACCAAAGCCCUGAACACAGCCAAUGCAUCACAGGAAGUGUUCUUUGAGGUGGACUUGCCCAAAACAGCCUUCAUCACCAGCUUUAGCAUAGAGAUUGAGGGCAGGAUAUAUGUCAGCGAGGUGAAGGAAAAAGAGCAGGCCAGGCAGCAGUAUGAGAGCGCUGUGUCAUCCGGACAAACUGCUGGCCUGGUUAAGCAAGUACAGGUCAAUGGCAAAGCUCUGGAAUGCUGA